AUGAGUAACUCUUCGCCUAAUGUAGAUGAGUUCGAUUCGUGCGAGUUCCUUAGCUCAGCGCUUACUGUUUUCGUCAUCGGUGCAUCUGGCGACUUGGCUAAAAAGAAAACGUAUCCGUCGCUCUUUGCGCUUUACAUCAUGGGAUACCUGCCUGAACACGUGGUGAUUGUGGGAUAUGCUCGCAGUAACAAGAGUGAUGAGGACUUUCGUGCGCAGAUUGCACCGUAUAUUAAGCCGAAGACACCCGAGGCUGAAGUUCGCAAAGAGGCCUUCCUUAGUAAAUGCAUAUACCGUAGUGGUAACUAUGACUCGGCUGAAGAUGUAGGGAUGGUCAGCAAGGAGAUGGAAGGGCUGGAAAGAGCUCAGAGCACAUCCAUAGCCAAUCGUCUCUUUUACUUUGCCAUUCCCCCCACCGUCUUCGUUCCGAUUGGUACGAGUAUCAAAAAGGCGGGAUUAACUACGCGUGGUUGGAAUCGUCUCAUUAUCGAAAAGCCCUUUGGUCGCGACCUUGAUUCGUUUGAUGAGCUCUCAAAGGAUAUGGGUGCACUAUACAAUGAAGACGAGAUCUAUCGUAUUGAUCAUUAUCUUGGCAAGGAAAUGGUGCAGAAUUUGCUUGUACUACGCUUUGGAAAUGCGAUUUUCGAGCCUGUCUGGAACCGCAAUUAUAUCUCAAGCGUUAGCAUCACGUUUAAAGAGGUCAUUGGGACACAAGGUCGUGGUGGCUAUUUUGAUUCCUUUGGAAUUAUUCGCGAUGUGAUGCAGAAUCACCUCUUACAAGUACUGACGCUGAUAGCCAUUGAACCACCCGUGCUUGCUGCUGGCGAAAAUUAUUCCAAUUACAUUCGCGACGAGAAAGUUAAAGUGCUUAACUGUAUUGAACCUAUCAAGCUCGAAAACACGGUUUUAGGUCAAUAUCAAGGCGACAAAAAAAGUAAUGAGCCUGGUUACCUUGAAGAUCCAACUGUACCCAAGGAUUCAGUAACUCCUACGUUUGCCACUGCCAUCAUGUACGUAAACAACCAGCGAUGGGCUGGCGUGCCGUUUAUCAUGAAAGCUGGCAAAGCUCUGAACGAGCGCAAGGUUGAGAUCCGCGUACAAUUUUGCCGACCUCCUGGUGUCGAGCACAUGUUUCCAGGUAUUCGGAUCCCUGUGCAGGAGCUAGUACUUCGUCUACAACCAGAAGAAGCUGUGUAUCUCAAGAUUAAUGUCAAAAGUCCUGGAUUGCAAACUCAAGCCAUCUCGAGUGAGCUCGACCUGUCCUACUCUGAGCGUUACGAAGGCACUGAAUUACCCGACGCCUAUACUCGCUUAAUGUUGGAUGUAUUACGUGGUAAACAGGCUGCUUUUGUACGUGAUGACGAGCUACGAGCCGCUUGGAAGAUUUUUACACCGCUAUUGCAGGAGAUUGAGGACCAAAAAGUGAAGCCAUUGCCAUACGCAUUUGGUUCGCGUGGCCCUGCGGAGAGCGACGAGUUGAUAAACAGAGUUGGCUUUCACUACCACAACGGGACGUAUCAAUGGCAGCCACGUUUACGUACAACUAGCGCGCUGUAG